AUGGAAGCCGUCGAACUAAUGAAAAGCGUUAAUUCUUCUUUAAAUGAAAGCCAGGACGUCAAGUUUGAGGAGUUCCUGCCCCUUAGCACAGGACCGACACAGAACAAAUACCUGGAUUUGUCAAACUCUGUGAGUGCACCAUUUGUCAUCAAGGGAGUUUCGCCAUGCUCCCCCGAAUUUGGAGGGGAGCAAAGAGAGCGCAGCGACAGCAAUGUGAGCGAAGUUAGCAUGAAGAUGUUGUAG